AUUACACAACAUUUUACCUUAGUUAACAAAUUCAUCAUUCGAAAUAAAAUUCAUAAUUCCUCAAUAUUAUUUAUUAUAAUUAUAAUAAGAUUAUUACUUUUUGUAUCAACAAAAUGUCAUAUGUUACAUGACGUCAUCGUCAUCUCAUCAGCUGAUCUGUGAUGAUUGAGAAGUAAAACGCCAUAAUUAUUACGGAAGGUCAUGUCGUCAUGUUUUCGUCUGCUUGUGAUAGUAAUGAUAUUGGAACAUUUCAAUUCAUUCCUGAGAACGUGAUGUUUUGCAACGUCAGACCAUGACCUGAAGCUAUUUUAAGUGUUCUAAAAUAAUUUGGCUUCAGUUAAAACUGAGACUCUGAAGUGUAACAGUGUUACAAUAGUCAACUGUUUGAAGGUUAGUUUGUGUGUGGUUUGUGAAUCUGCUCUUAGAAAAAUAAGAGAAUGAGAUUGGUGUUACAAAAGGUGAAAGAUGUGUCGAGUAAAUACCCCGUCAUCCGAGGUAUGGUUUCCUAUGCAGUUAUUUGGCCGAUUGGAAGUCUUGUUCAACAGACUAUAGCCGGUGUUGAUCAGUAUGAUUAUGCUCGUGCAGCCAGAUUCUGUUUAUUUGGAUCAUGUUAUGUAGCACCAACAUUGCACACAUGGCUAAAGGUAGCUGUGCAAAUGUUCCCAAAAAAGACUCUUGCGUCCGCGUUUACUAAGGGCGUGGUAGAGCAGUUCACGUACACUCCAUUCGCAAUGACUAGUUUCUUUUUCGGAAUGAGCAUAUUGGAAGGAAGGACAGUCGAACGAUCGAUACAAGAAGUGAAGGACAAAUUUAUACCAACAUACAAGGUUGCUGUGUGUGUAUGGCCUGUGCUGCAAACAUUCAACUACAUGUUUGUGCCCGAGAAGAACCGCAUUGUGUUUGCCAGCUUCUGCAGUUUGAUAUGGACCAUAUUUCUGGCUUACAUGCAUCAUCUCAGAAUGCAGCAGGCGGAACUGGAGAAUAAAGCCAAACAACUGAACUCAGCGUGAUGAACGUUCUAAGUUAUGUGAUGGAUUGCAUUUGGUAGCUCUAUUUGUGUGGCCAGUGCUGCAGACAGUGAACCACCAUUUUGUACCUGAAAAGAAUCGAGUUAUCUACGUGAGUGUCUGCAGCCUGAUGUGGUCCUCAUUCCUGGCUUACAUGAAGGUUACCCCCGCCGCAGAUAUUAAAACGAAAAAUGUUGCUGCUGUACAGUCUUCAACUUCGUUAUAGUAUUCAAUACUAUUUUUAUCUAGUUGUUAUUUUUGUUAUUAAUUCAUUGAACAAAGCUAUAUUUAUACACAUAAAUAAGGUAUUUAUUGUUACCAAAGAUUGUAAAUUUUAACUGUAUUUAGUUGUUUUUGCAUAUUUAAUCAUCGGGUUGCUAUGCAAGCAUAACUGUUUUUAGAUAUCCUAUUCUGUAAAAUAUUCAAAUCCAACAUGUAUAUUUUCGAAACGACAUGUGAAAAAUUAAUAUGAAAAGAGAGGUUUAUAGAUGACUAUCAAGUACAGUAAAACAUUUUUAUUGUAUGAAUUGUUCAAUGUGCCGUUUUUAAGAAAGAGACAUACAUGACAAUAAAUAAAUAGAAGAUUUUUAUAUCUAAAAAUAGAUAUUUCUUGUUUAAUAAAUUUGUAAUCGACGUGACUAUGUCUCCCAAAAUAUUAAUCCACAGUACAGACAACAGUCAUAUUUUAGUACUGGAUCAAAAUUAGUACAAAUUACAAAUCAAAAUCGAGUAAAAUAAAAAUAACUUGAAAACUAUAAGUACAAAAUAAUGAUAAAAUAUUUCCAAUCUUUUUGCAUUAUAAAUCCUCAUUCUUUACAACUAUUUUUUAGAUAACUAAAGCUUAUUUUGAUUUUCAAAAGUUCUUUUAUUACAUGUUCUUUAAAAAUUACAUUUACUAUACAUCAAACAUCCCAGUAACUUUUUCAUCUUGCUUUCGCAGCUUGCACCUUCGUAAAAACUUUUGUCUUAUCAUCUCCUAUUUCUAUUAGUAUUGUCAUCCCCUAUAUUCUUUGAACCAACUGUGAUAUACUCGUAAAAUAAUAGUAUUUAUGUUCGAUAUAAAUUGGAAUAUGGUAUGUUCAAUGUAAUUGAAUUUUAUCUGUAAUAAUUCCCGUAUCCAAUUAUUUGAAGAGCUGAUAUUCUUAAUACCUGUAUAUUUUUUUAGUUAAAUGCAAUUUUUCAAUGGUUUGAUGCUACUUUUCUGGUGAUAAGCUAUCUCUUUAUCAUAGUUUUUAUGAACACACUGAGUCUAAUGGAAAAUUGUAAUUGGUUUUAUUGAUUUUAUUUACUAGAAAUGUACUUGGAAGAUUCAAUUUAUUGUAGCUUUCAAAAUAAUCAAGCAGGUGAUUUUAACUUGUAACAGUAGUGCUUUAAAUUCAGGAUUGUGUUAGAUGUAGGCUGCAGUUAUAACUGACAACAAGUUGGUAGCUUGGCAUGUCAGAGGUAGCUUGCAGUCUGAGGUCUUAUGCAAUGACAUUGAGAAUAAUACAUGAACAGGAUUCUAAAUUUAUGUUUUUACUCAACUAAAUAACUUAAUAAUCUGACUCACUUGACUUGACUUGGACUUACAGGUAUUUUAUUUGAUGAUGUUCAAUUAUUUUUUACAGAGUUCUAAUGGUCGUAGAAAGAUCAAAAUUAUCAAUAAUCAGUUAGAUAUUAUCUGAAAACCAUGUAAUGGAUGUAAUAUAUUAAACUUUACAAUUUUAAUGUUAUUUAAAUAGUAUGUAUAACCAUAUUAAUCCUACAAACGCUUAUAACUGAUUUAUUUUCCGAAUGUCAUGUCUAUGGAUACUCAAUGCAUUAACCAUGUUGAUUAUGCUGAAGAAUUAAAAAUAAUUAGGUUUUAUUAUAGUCAUUCCAAAGAAACUCAAUGUAUUUUCAUUUAUGGCGUUAUUAUUAUUACUUACUUGCGUAGGUAUUGUUGUUACGUUGUUAAUAAAUGUUUUUACACAAUA